GCCCCACUUUUCCCUCCGCCCUGAGCACCGACCGCACGCGGCGAGCUGCCGGGACUCUGCUCCGAGUCGGUUUUAAGAGCAAAAAGCUAAGCUUAGCGCUGCCAGGGGCGCGGGCGCACGUGCGGGGCGAGGAAGUUGCCCAGCGCGCGGUUUGCAGGGGGCUCGGAGUUCUCACCCGAGGACUCGCUCGUGGAGCCGUGCCUGGCAAAUGGGCGCAUGAGGAAGAACAGGGAAAUGGACUGCUAUUUGCGUCGCCUCAAACAGGAGCUGAUGUCCAUGAAGGAAGUGGGAGAUGGCUUACAGGAUCAGAUGAACUGCAUGAUGGGUGCACUGCAAGAACUGAAGCUCCUGCAGGUACAGACUGCACUGGAACAGCUGGACAUCUCUGCCGGGGAUCCUGUACCAGCCUGCCCUGAAAGUCCCCGGACACAGCCCAAGUGCCCCCACUGGGAAGGUGGCAGAGAUCCAGCCAGGCCUGUGGUCUGCUCCUCCCCCUCCAUCCACCCUUCUCUUGGCAGCAGCACCAAGUUUCCGAGCCAUAGGAGGGUCUGUGGGAGGGAUCCCAACCCCCUGUCCAGGACACAGCUGCCGGAGCACCAAAGCUGUGCCCAGCGGGGGCCAGAGUGGGUGGAGCCAGAUGACUGGACCUCCACAUUGAUGUCCAGGGGCAGGAACCGGCAGCCGCUGGUGUUAGGGGACAAUGUUUUUGCGGACCUGGUGGGCAACUGGCUAGACUUGCCAGAAGUGGAGAAGAGUGGGGAGAAGGGUGAGACUGGGGGGCCGGGUGAGCCCAAAGGAGAGAAAGGCCCGCCCCGGGAGCUGGGCCGCAAGUUUGCUCUAACAGCAAACAUCUUUAGGAAGUUCUUGCGUAGUGUGCGGCCUGACCGUGACCGGCUGCUGAAGGAGAAGCCAGGCUGGGUGACACCCAUGGUGUCUGAGUCCGAGUCCCAGUCCCAGUCCCGGACUGGACGCUCCCAGAAGGUCAAGAAGUGGAGCCAUUCCAAGGGCUCUGGGCGCUUCCCCUUCCCAAGUGCAGGGAAGGCCAGACAAGGGGGAAAUCCCCACACAAGCAGCCCCAAGGCCGUGGAACCCUCACCUUCGGGCUUUGAUAUUCACACAGCUGUUUGGGUCUGAAUCCUAGCUGGAAAGUUGACUGAACCCAAAAGACCAGUCCCUCUGCUGGGCCCCUGGGGAGGAGGGGGGCGGGUGGUGUGGCUGUUAGAAGCCCAAAUCCAAGUUCCUUUCCUUCAGAAAGGGGAGAGAAGCCAGAGUUCUGGGGCAGGGCUGACUGGAAUGCAGUUGGGAGAGGCUGUCACAGGGUUGGCAGGGGGAGGAGGGACAGCUCCUAGAAAAAAACUGUGUGUGUGUGUGUGUGUGUGUGUGUGUGUGUGUGUGUGUGUGUGGCUCACUUCAGGGCUGCAGGUGACAGUAGGGAAGGGACAGGGGAGAUCAUGAAAUCCUUCUGACAUUCCCCCACUGCCCUCAAAGACCUCAAGUGAACAUUGUGUGUGGAAAAGGGCACUGGGGCCCCCAAUAAAGGGCUGUCUCUGGUGCCCCCAACCUUAGAGCUGUCUGCUUUCCUGGCAAGGCGCUGCUGCAGGCACAGGGACUGAAGCCCAGAUCUGUUACCUGCUCUCUGGGGGUCAGAGCAGCCUUCCCUGUUGCCAUAGAGAUUUCAGCCACUCCAGGAUCCUGGGAAAUGGGCUGAAUAAGGAGGGCAGUGUAUCAUGAGUAGCGGGGGCGGGGGGACGGACCCGGGACCCCCCUCCUGUGUUAUGUGUGGGGUAUAGAUGUACAGCGCUCUGCACGUUCGAAAGCCUCUCACACCUGUGCUUUCUUGUAAGUGGGCAAGCGAGGCAGGCACCAUCAGAUAUGCUACCUGUCCCAAAACACAACACUGGCAGGCGGGAAGAAGGGCAGUGGAGGCCAGCGCCCGCAGUUACACACUCUGCCCCUAACCCCCCGUAGCUCUAGGAGCCUCCGCCCAACGCUCUGUCUGUGGCUCCUAACUCCCUCCUAGGGCAGAACGCGUACAUUCGCCAGCAGGGUGAAGGGGCGAGCACACUUCAGUCCCAGUGCUGUCCCUCGGCCCUUCGGCACUAGCGCGGCCCUAGCCUCCUCUUCCCUCCUCACCCGGAGCCCGUAGGGGCGCCUAGGGGCAGAGGCUCCCGAACGGCGGCCUCUCUUCCUGAAGCCGCUCCGGGGGGUGCGGCGCGGCGAAACGCCCGUGCCCCGUGCCCUCCGGCGGGAACUCUCCUGCCUGGACCUCGUCUGCCUUGGCCGAGCCCCCAGGAGGGCGCGCCCUUGCUGCUCGUUCUCCCCUCCAGGCCGACCGCCGCUCAGCCUGAGGGGGGUGACAGCUGCAAUUCGGGGCAGGACGACUUCUUCCCCUCUCUAAACCCUGAGAACAAACUGAAGAAGGGAAAUAACAAGUAAGAUUCCUGCCCGCAGCCUAGACCGCCAGGGAGUAGAGAUUAGAUUAGAGAGGAGUUAGAGUUCGAGUUGGGGGGAGGGCGCAGAGGGGGUGGUGAAGGGUCACCCUUGAGUUCCCACACAAAUGGUAGACAGUUUUUGGCUGAGUAAACUACCGCAGGGAAAGAAUGGCGCUUUUUCUGAGCACUCGCUAUUUGACAGGCAGUGUGGACAGCUCUUUCAAACCUGGAAUGACCCUGGAGGGUAUUGUACUCCAGUUACACCAAGGGAGGCUUGUAGGGGUCGUGGGAGCUGCCCAGACCAGCCGGGCAGCAAAUGAAAGAACCAAGGUUUGAGCCAGAGGGUUAUCUAGCUCCCAAAGCCCAGCCCUUCCCUCUCUACCUCUUUGCUCUGAGUUUGCCGAAUAAGCUCACUCUUUCUGCAGGUGCCCAUCCUAUGUCUCCCUAGAGAACUCUGCCAGUUCACUGUCUGGUAUGGGAAGUCAGCUGUGGCUGCCUUUGGUGGUGGUGGUGGUGUGUGUGUGUGUGUGUGUGUAUGAGCAGAAUGGACAGUGAAGAGUCCUGACAGAUUCGCUGGUCCCGCCCGAGAGGAGGGGGCCACCGGCACAUUAUUCAAGAUGACACCUGCUUCAAGUCUGGAAUGACUGUAUAUAAAACCAAGCCACCUGUGACUCAUCUGUUUCAUAGCCUGGUUGUGGCAGUAAACAAAACUUUUUUAGAUACCUCCCAGUACCUGGCAUUGUGAUUGGAACUAAGAGCAGUAUGAUGAAAAGAACCCACCUACUAACCUCAAGGAUCCAGUAAAAAAAGAAAGAAGCAAACUCUUAUUAACCUUCACUUGGAAUCCAAGCAACUGAAGACUCAUUUUAACGUGGGCCGUAUCAACUUAGAAGUGAUAUUUGCUGCCAGCAUAGGUGCCAGGAACCUUUCCACAUUUGUGUUCUUACAUCCUUUUCACUGCACCCUAGAAGUGGUUGCUCUUACUCUUAUUUUACAUGGAUAGGGCCAGAGAAGGUAAGCAACAUGUCCAAGGUCACAUAAGAGCAGAGGUGGGACUGGAACAGUUCCCACUGGCUUCCAAUCUUGUGCUUUCCACCUUACCCCACAAACUGUCCAUUUAUCUGCCCGAGUCAAAUGACGAACGAAACCUGUCCUCCCCAUAUUAUCCAUGUCCCUGCAUGGAUACUUGGCAUGCUGACUGUCCAGUGCAGCAAUUCUGCUUGAGUCCUGACAGGGCUGAUGUAAUGCCCCAACCACCAUGUCAAGCUUUGCUAAUGAGAGAUUUUGAUAAUUCACCUACCCUCCUAUACUUUUAACUUUUCUGUCCCCUUCUGGGCUCCAGCUGUGACAAUGAUGGAGACCAUUUAUUUUGCUGAAGCUGAGAGCAGAGGUAAAUGGGAAUUCCUGGGGUCUAAGAGAUGAGGGACAGUGUAGGGAACAGGGAGCAGUCUGUAUAGGGAGGAAACAGUAGAAGUAAGUACAGAGAAACUGACAGCUUAAUUCUGCCCCUGGGGCUCAUUUUAUGGUUAAUUAGGACAUACAAAUGAACUGGAAGCUCAUUUAAUACCUUCCCUGGUACGCAGCUCCACCUCAAACCUGGCCCACUUCCCUGGCAGGUACAGGGGGCCCCUGAUUAGGCCAGGCCUCUGCUCAGGGCUCUACCUGCUUUGUGGCUCCAUGGCCAGAGUCUGUAGAUGUUCCCCAGCCUCAGCAGGAAAUGGGAGGAGUCCCUGCUGGGCACGGUUUGCCUGUCUGGCCUCCCAUCUUCCUUUUUCCAACCUUUCAUACCUGAAACAACCUUCCCCUCCUCAGAUACUUCCCCUGCAUCCUAUCCCUCAGGGUGAUCUCUGAAAGCAAACCUGCCCUGAGGAAUAGAAGCCUGGUUAAGCUCUGCCCCAUUGAAUCCCUGCCUGCUCCCCAGGCUCUUGGUCUUUCCCACAGCACACCAUUUCCUCCGUGCCUAGAGAAAAGCAAGAGCCCCAGCCUGUCUGGGAAGCAGGGGCUGUCUUGAGCUUCUCCAGGGCAGAUCUCCUUACCCACAGCAGUUAAGGAACUUCUGCCCUCCUAUCAGUAUGAGCACCGGAUGUGGAGUCAGGAUUUGAGACCCAUUUCUGUCACUGUGAACUUGAGCUUGUUGUUUGACCUUUCUGAACUUCAUUUUUCUCAUCUGUGAAACAGGGCUGCUGUGAGGUUUAGAGGACACAGUGAACCCAGCAGGCAGGCAGGCACACUGGCUGGGAUAGGAAAGCUCCACAGACUGCACUUCCCAUCCCAGCACUAACCAUGAGAUCCAAGGCACACUACUAAAAAUAAAGAAAAGUACUUUCUCUGAA